GCCACGUAUUUUAUCGCGAGAAAUACCACGUGCCCGUGAUUUCCCUCUUUCUAGUCGGCCAUUUCACCAGAGACAGCAUCAUGGUGAAGACAAACACAACAGGUUACCGUCGCGGUACGCGGUACAUGUUCUCGCGUGAAUUCCGCAAGAAGGGUGUAGAGCCGCUUUCCACUUUCCUCCAUGUUUACAAGCGAGGAGACUACGUCGACAUCAAGGGUUGCGGAGCCUUCCAGAAGGGUAUGCCCCACAAGACCUACCAUGGUAGAACUGGUCGUGUCUUCAACGUGACCCCUCACGCUGUUGGAGUCAUCGUCAACAAGCAGGUCGGAAACCGAAUCCUCCCCAAGCGUAUCAACGUACGCAUCCAGCACGUGAAGCCCUCCAAGUGCCGUGACGAUUUCCUCCUGCGUGUGAAGCGCAACGAACAGCUGAGACGUGACGCUAAGGAGAAGGGUGUCAAGCUGGACCGCAGUCUCCUCAAAAGACAGCCGGAGCAGCCCCGCAAAGCCCACUUCGUGAGGUCCAAGAACAAUGCACCGCAGCUUGUGGAGCCCAUCCCAUACAAGUUCAUCGCCUAAUCUACGACGAUAACGGGACGGAUACAAAAUUACAUCAUUGUAAAAUGCAACCAGCUGUUGUGUGGGUUAAAGUUAUGUAAUAAAAAAAAAUAAAAAAAAUAUCAAAGGUAAAACUUGAAAAAAA